CAUAUUUACACUCAAGCCACCCAUUGAAUUUGAAAUUGAUACACACUCCUCCACUCCACAUAUGGGCGAGCAAACCCAGGUCCAGACCCAAACCCAAACCCAGCCCCAUACUCCGACUCCUACCCAACCGCCGCACCAUGACUCCAUCGACGACACCACAAUCGCAGAAGUGAGCCCCACACCCACCCAACUCACCAAUGCUCCCUCCCAAACCUCAUCGCCCCCUUCCAAAAUCCCCUUCCGCCCCCGAAAGAUCCGCAAGUUAUCGCCCGACACCUCCGACCCCAAUUCCUCCCAACAAAUCGUCGCCUUACCCGACAACCCCAAACCCCUUCCCGCCGCCGCCAAGUCCGCCAAGUCCAAGGCCGUCCAGCAACGCACCCUUUCGGCCCCGAAAAUCGCAGCGCGGCCGCUUUCCUGCGAAGGCGAGGUCGAGGCGGCAAUCCGCCAUCUCCGAAACGCCGAUCCGCUCCUGGCUCCGUUGAUCGACCUCCACCAGCGGCCGACCUUUGACACCUUCCAGACCCCCUUCCUUGCCCUAACCCGUAGCAUUCUCUACCAGCAACUCGCAUACAAGGCCGGCAAUUCGAUCUAUACGCGCUUCGUCGGUCUGUGUGGCGGCGAGGCCUGUGUCGUCCCUGAGACGGUCCUCGCCCAAACGCCUCAGCAGCUCCGCCAAAUCGGGGUUUCGGGCCGUAAAGCCAGCUACCUCCACGACUUGGCCAGAAAGUACCAGAACGGGAUUCUAUCGGACGCGGCGAUUGUAAAUAUGGACGACAAGUCGCUGUUCACAAUGCUGACGAUGGUCAAUGGGAUCGGCUCUUGGUCUGUGCACAUGUUCAUGAUUUUCUCGCUUCACAGGCCAGACGUGCUUCCGAUCAACGACCUCAGCAUGCGCAAAGGCGUUCAGCUUCUCUACAAUCUUGACGAGUUGCCUCGGCCGUCUCAGAUGGAGCAUUUGUGUGAGAAGUGGCGGCCGUACCGGUCCGUCGCGGCUUGUUAUAUGUGGAGAUUUAGUGAAUCCAAAGGAGCUCCUUCGAGUGCCGCGGCCGUGGCGGCUGGUGCGACUCUACCGCCACAGCAGCAGCAGGAGGAGCAGCAACAACAGCAUCCGCAGCACCCUCAGCAACAGCAGCUUAUGGAUUCACUCAGCAGUCUUAUUAAUAUUGGGAAUGGUGCCUGCAUUCAUGGUGAACUAUCCUUUUCCAUGUCAUGUGAUACAGGGCCUGUACCUGGGGACCUUGAUCGGGAAUGGAAUUGAGAAGUUAGUCCUUCAGUCAUGUUUAUUUACUCAGCUUGAGCAAGUUCAAGAAUGGUUCCUGUGUGGAAAUCUUGCUGCUAAAAGCUCUGGCAUGCAACCCUUCAAGGAUGAGACUGUAUUGAACCCUAUUCAGUAAUUAUUAUGCUUUGGGAUUAAAUAAACAGUGUCUAUGCAAUGCUCUAGUUUUAUUGUCUUCAAUUUAGAAAACAUCGAUAAGUUGGCGAUGAGAUUUCUUAUAGGACUUGAGAGAAUGCAAUGCUUCAAUGCCUUUACCCGUAGAUUGAGUAACCGUAGCGUAGAGGGAAGCCCUUCACCUU